AUGUAUUUUGUUCUAACAGCCGAGGCCUUGGGGAGCACUGAGCCUAAAGCUGUUCCAUACCAGAAAUUUGAGGCUCAUCCUACUGACCUCUACGUUGAAGGGCUGCCGGAGAACAUCCCCUUUAGGAGUCCCUCCUGGUAUGGAAUCCCUCGCCUUGAAAAAAUAAUUCAAGUGGGCAACAGAAUAAAAUUUGUAAUCAAAAGGCCAGAGCUGCUAACUCUGACUUCACCUGAAGUUAUUCAACCCAGGACGAACACCUCAGGGAAAGAAGAUUGGAACAUCAGGAUCACGAAACUAAGAAAGCAAGUAGAAGAGAUAUUUAAUAUGAAGUUUGCCCAAGCUCUGGGGCUUUCAGAGGCAGUGAAAGUUCCCUAUCCUGUGUUUGAGUCGAACCCUGAGUACUUGUACGUCGAAGGCUUGCCAGAAGGAAUCCCCUUCCGGAGUCCGACGUGGUUUGGAAUUCCACGCCUUGAAAGAAUUGUCCGUGGGAGUGGCAAAAUCAAAUUUGUUGUUAAAAAGCCUGAGCUUGUCACUUCCUAUUUGCCUCCAGGACUGGCUAGUAAAAUAAACACUAAAGCAAUGAGCCCAAAGAGUUCAAAAAGGUCACGAAGUCCUGCAGGCGAUUCAAAGGUCCCAGAGAUUGAAGUUACUGUUGAAGAAGGUCCUAAUAAACCACAAACAACAGAUGUUCGAACUAAUUCUCAAACCAAUGGGUCCAAUAUGAGUUUCAAGCCGCGAGGAAGAGAGUUUUCUUUUGAGGCGUGGAAUGCCAAAAUUACUGACUUAAAGCAGAAAGUUGAAAAUCUUUUUAAUGAAAAAUGUGGGGAAGCCCUGGGACUGACUGAACCAGUGAAGGUGCCGUUUGCAUUGUUCGAAUCCUUCCCAGAGGUUUUCUAUGUGGAAGGACUACCAGAGGGGGUGCCAUUCCGCCGACCUUCUACUUUCGGAAUUCCAAGACUAGAGAAGAUCCUGAGAAACAGAUCUAAGAUAAAAUUCAUUAUUAAAAAGCCUGAGAUGUUUGAGGCAGCUGUUAAGGAAAGUUCUGCUAGAAGCCCCCAAAGAAAAAAUAACUUAUCUAAUAUAGCCAAUACAACAAGCACCACAACAAACACAGUGGUGAACACAGCUGCAGGUGUUGAAGAUCUUAACAUCAUUCAAGUAACUAUACCAGAUGAUGAAAGUGAGCGGCUGUCAAAAGUAGAAAAGGCCAGACAAUUGAGAGAGCAAGUAAAUGAUCUUUUUAGCCGAAAAUUUGGUGAAGCCAUUGGUAUGAAUUUUCCUGUGAAAGUCCCAUACCGAAAAAUCACUAUCAACCCUGGCUGUGUGGUGGUGGAUGGGAUGCCUCCUGGCGUGGCGUUUAAAGCUCCCAGUUAUCUGGAAAUCAGCUCGAUGAGGAAGAUUUUGGAAUCAGCAGAGUUUAUCAAAUUUACUGUCAUUCGACCAUUUCCAGGACUUGUGAUUAACAACCAGCUGAUGGAAAAAGCUGAAGCAGAAGCACCACCAACAGCACCAGCAGCAGCACCAGUACUACCAGAGCCAGCUGAACCAAGCCAAAUAGAAGUAUCUGUAGGAGAUAUUACAGAAACAGAAGAAAAUUCUCAAAUAAAGCAAGAACCAGACCCAACGUGGUAGACCUCAUCAAUACUGGG